GACACCAUAAUGAAUGCAAGCAUGGACGACGCCGCGAUCAGCGAAGGGAAUGCGUUAAACGCAAAAAUUAUCACUAUGGUCUGCCUCUUUAGCGUUUCCAUGAUUGUGGGAUGUGUACCAACUUUCAUUUCCAUGAAAUUCAAUUGGUUUACGCCGAAAAAGGAUACGAAUAUGCGGUCUUCUAAUUCGCUUGUGAUUGGACUGCUAUCGUUCGGUGGUGGAGUUCUGUUUGCGACGACGUUUAUGCAUCUACUGCCCGAAGUUGAUGAAAAUAUUAAGCAGUUGCAAGAGGACGGCCGGUUGCCAGAGUUGCCAAUAUACCUAGCAGCCCUGAUCAUGUGUAGCGGAUUCUUCAUGAUGUACCUCGUCGAAGAGCUAGUCCACGUCUACAUUACCAGCAGAGAGAACAAGACUGCGAAUACCAGUUUUACAAGAGUUUUAAGUAUAAGAAGAAAUAACGAUGAGGAAGAGGGGGAAACGCAAGUUAUCAAAACGUUAGAAACUUCCCAAGGACAUGGUCACAGCCAUUUGGCCAUUCAAUCUGAUGAUACAAUUGUGUCAGCGCUUAGAGGACUUCUUGUCGUCUUGGCUCUGUCUAUUCAUGAGCUGUUCGAGGGUCUUGCUGUUGGUUUGGAGGCAUCAGCGAGAAGUGUCUGGUACAUGUUUGGUGCAGUAUCAGCUCAUAAAUACAUAAUAGCGUUCUGCAUUGGAGUUGAACUUCUCGCUGCCGGCACCAAGCGGUGGCUGUCUAUCGUCUACAUCUUCACAUUCUCCUUUGUCUCUGCUCUUGGUAUUGGAGUGGGCAUACUUUUGGUGGGAGGAGCCGGGGCUGCGUCAGCUGGAUUAUACUCAGUUGUUUUACAGGGUUUGGCCUGCGGUACGCUAGUGUAUGUGGUUUUCUUUGAGGUAUGGAGACAAGACCGUACUGGAAUCAUGCAGUUCCUAUGCGCAGUCGCAGGUUUCGCGCUUAUGGUCGGUUUAGAAGCUGUCGCUGAAUCAUUUGUGUGACGAUUAUGACCUGCGCAAGCGACGACUAAUUAAGAUAUCUUCAUAAGUAUUAUUUUGUAUUAUUGUUAUUGUGUAAUUAAGUGGUGUCAAUAAAUAUGUUGUUUUAUAAA